UAUAAUUAUUAGCAUUUCACGACAGAGUACCUGCAUAAUUUAUGCAAGUUUUUUCUGUGCUUCCCAUGUCUCACGCGAUAGCGUGCUUCCGGGUUACGUUGACUGUUGUCAUUAUAUUCAUGACUACAGGUAUAGCUUGUGGCGAUGUCAUCGAGUUUUCACGAGGAACACGCGAUCAAGUGAAUUGAUUAACACCUCCAGAUAAGGUGAGAGGGAUCGCUGAAUAAUUGCUGAUACAUCAUACCUCAUGAGGCCUCCUAUUCCGCUCGCUGCCGCCACGUAUUUCAUACUGAAUGCGAAUCAUCGAUCGCCAGCGAUAAAACUCGUUUAAGCUCCAUUUUGUACGAAGUGUCGGCUAGGCAAAUAAGCGAAGGAGCAUUCAAUGAACGAGCGGUUAAAAUAAAAGAACGUACUUGAGGAUAGAUGUAUCCAGCAUCAUAAAGCGUGAUAUUAAAAUUUCAACAGCAUGUACUUUGAUAGCCUUGGUUGGAAACUUAAGGAGAUGUGAUCUCAUAUCUGGGAUCUUCCAUUACAGACCCUAUACCAAGGGUUAUAAGAUAAGCGAGGAGGCUUGAACGAGUGCUUUACAAAAUAUAGGACGAAAUUAGAUGAAUCCAGACAUUUAAUAUGUUGCAAAUGAAGCAAUGCUUCAAGACAUGCCUUUGUAAGUACAUAGGCUAGCCUUAAACUAAUCUUGGGCCACAUUUGGAAAGAUAGUAAGAGGCACUCUAUUUCUCAUGAUCACUGCUCUUGCUCUGAAAUGGAAAACCCCUGGGGUGACAUAUCGAUGAGUAAUCAGUUUUAUAAUGGGUUGGAAUGGCAUAUGAAUAUGUAUUGUAUACUAACUGCUUUGUGAAAAUAGGUGAAUAUCAUCAUGUAAAUAUGGGUUGAAAUAUUUGCAGGAGUUUUUUUUGUAGUUUGACAUACUUUUCUGAUUUUUAGGAUCAAAUUUUUGUGCUUCAAAGUGAAUGAAAUUUCUGUUGGGAACAAAUUAUAACAAUUAAAAUUUUCUUUUCAAGUAGCAGAACAUUGAAAAGGAAGCUACAUAUAGCUGGAAACAGCACACUCUUGCAUUUCAUACCGUAGCGUAUACACCCACCAGAAAACAGGCUUAGUUAAACCGGAUUUAACUGAAUGAAAAUCAGAAACAGAGAACUGAAAUAGGCACCAUGACUCAAAUUAAUACAAGAGUGAACCAAAAAGCAGACAGAAAUUAGAGGCUGUUUUGUAUCUGUGUAAUUUAGAUAAUUGCUGAUACCAGUACAAUAUGUAUAUUUUAGUGCACAGAUGUUUUGAUUUCCACAUGCUUAUGUAAAGGCACCAAGCCUUAAAAUGGACAUAGAAAUUACACCAGAUAACAAACUUGCCACAUAAAUGUGUAGCAAAUAUUAAUCACAGUUACUUACAAGGCUUAACACUGUUACAGGUUUCACCUCCUUAGUUCCAUUUUAAUGAUAUGAGUUGAAGUACAGCUGCACCAACAUGUUUUACCCAUGUGGGGCUUAGAUGAAAGACAGUUACACUGAUACUUUGAUUAGUUGUCUUUGUGUAAUUUGUGCUAUUUGUUUAUUGACAUCUAACAGGACGUGCUGAGGAAAUGCAACAGGAGUCCCAAGGCAAAAGGCAUUCACCUCGAAAGCGAGGGGCUGGUAAUAACUUACUUGUCUAUUUUUUAAACAUGCCCUAGUGUUAUCAACAAACUGCAUCCUUUUAUAUUGGGCAGGUACAAAACAUUUUAAUAAAAUUAAAAUACCAAUUUUUUUUUGGGACUUUUUUUGAAUAUCAAGGAACACAAUUCCUGGACAAUGUAGUAUGUCAUAGUUAUGAAAUUUUAAAGUGAAUGCUCUUAAAUAGGGGUAUAUCCAUUUUCUGACAGACCCUGCUAGGGAUCCAGACCAAUUUGCAUCAAAUGCAGAUUCUUCUUACAUAUCUGGAAAGCGACAAAAAUGUGACUUACCUUUAAAAUGAAGGAACUGUCUUACUUUACAUUUGAUGAUUGCUUUUUCAUCUCUUGUUUAUCACACUUUCGACACUAAACAGAGUGAUCAGCAAACUAAUUUAUUACUUAUACUUUUAAGAGGCAAAAUCCAUAUGAUCAUGAUUUAAAUUCACCUGUGAGAACAAUACUCCACAGGAAUCGUUUGUGGGGUUGACUAAGCAAGGCUUUAAGUUGCAAUUGUUUUGGUUGCCAUGGCAAUUGACACUAGCCAGCUGUAACAUUCUUUACAAGAGAAAAUGCAAUCCUUAUGGUCAGCUGUCUAGUUGUGUUUGUGUAAUUUUUGCCAUUCGUUUAUUGACAUCUAACAGGAUGUGUUGAGGAAAUUGAUCAGGAGUCCCAAGGCAAAAGGCAUUCACCUCAAAAGCGAGGGGCUGGUUUUACUGGUAUAACUCACUUGUCUAUUUUUUAAACAUGCCCUAGUGUUAUCAACAAACUGCAUCCUUUUUGUACUGAGCAGGUACGAAACAUUUUAAAAAAAUCAAUGUACCAAUAUUUUUUUUGGACUUUUUUCAAAUAUAGAGGAACACAAUUCCUGGACAAUGUAAUAAUUAAUGAAAUUAAUAUACCAAUUUUUUUUUUUGGGACUUUUUUUGAAUAUCAAGGAACACAAUUCCUGGACAAUGUAAUAUGUCACAGUCAUGAACUUUUAAAGUGAAUGCUCUUAAAUAGGGGUAUUUCCAUUUUCUUACAGACCUUGCUAGGGAUCCAGACCAGUUUGCAUCAAAUGCAGCUUCUUCUUACAUACCUGGAAAGCGACACAAAGGUGACUUACUUUUAAAAUAAAGGAACUGUCUUACUUUACAUUUGAUGGAAAUCUGUGGAUUUUAUUUCAUGUUAAUUGUCAUCCAGAUUGCUUUUACAUCUGUUCCAGGGAAAUGUUUAUCUCACUUUAGACACUUUUGUUACAAGGUGAUCAGCAAACUAAUUAAUUACUUACAAUUUUAAGGGGCAAAAUCCACAUGAAGAUGAUUUAAAUUCACCUGUCAGGGGACACUACUCCACAGGACAUAUUUGUGGUGUUAGCCAAGCAAGGCUCUAAGUUGCAACUAUUCUGGUUGCCAUGGCAAUCACCAAUUUUGGCCAUUGAUUAUCUUGUGUUUGCUGGUCAUGCAUGGCAUGACACUAGCCAGCUGUUACAUUAUUUAAAAUAGAGAUAAACAACUUUUCAUAAUACAAUCCUUAUUGAAGUACUAGGUUUACAAUAGCCACAUGGUACUAUUAUCUCAAAGACAUUAAGUGGUAUGGUCAGCAGUCUAGUUGCAUCCAGUCAGCCAUCCAAUGGUGGCUCCUAAAAGAGCUGUUUUUUUUGAGUGAGAGCACAAUUAUGUUACUGUAGGUUUUAAUCUUCCAUCUUGAACUUGUUGACAAUUUCAUCUUCUGCUUCAUUGUCUCGGGCUUCAGGUAUGCUGUCCAUCUUAUCAGCACAAAGGACAUCAUCUUCUGUUCCAAUCAGUUAUACCCCCACUAGCUGUCACACAUAAAAUUAAAUCUAAUCAGUUUGAUUCAACAAAUUAUACUUGAUAAUAUGAGGAAUGUGUGCAUGGAUAUGUAUUUGUAUACUUUUAAAAUCGACCUCCUCUCGGGAUAAAUACAAACAAUCUAGUCCCAAACUUUGUAGAUAAACACAGGCUGUAAAAACCCUAACUGGCAGGAGGCAUACAAAGCACAGCCAAGGAGUUGAAUUCAGGGAACCAUUUAAGAACAAUCCAGUGAGUGGCAGGGUGGUGGGCUUGUUCACAGGACCACCAGACUACAAAUCCUGUGUCCUAACCACUUGUCUACCCUGUCUCCACAAUAUCUGAUGGAAAAUCUUUGGCAUGACAAAAAAAAAAAAGCCUUUUCUCUCUCCCCCCUUAAAAAAAUUCCCUGGCAAUGAAUGAUUCUAAAAUUGUUCCUGAGUCACAAUUUUUAAAGCUGUUAAUCUUGAAAUAAUUAACUCUCUAUUUGUUUUUAUAUUCAAGAAGGAGUAGUAAGUAAUGAUGACCUUCAAACACUUGGCAAAGCUAUUGGUGUCAAGUGGGAUCGACUGGCACGUCGACUACCUGGAAUUACAGAAGAUGACAUAGAAGAAAUUGAAGACAGCCAUAGGACUUUGUCUCAAAGGGGAUUUCAUAUGCUGAAACUGUGGAAAACAAACAAUGGGGAAGCUGCAGACUAUAAGACUUUACAUGAUGCAUUAGUCCACAGUAUGGUACAGCGGAAAGACUUAGCACAAAAGUAUUGUUUUGAAUAAUAAUAUCUCUUUGAUAUUACUUAUACAAAAACCUGGCAGUUAGUUUAAAUAGACAGCCACUGGGUGGAAAGUAGAGAGCUAGUUAGCAAUAAAUUCCAGGUGGCUAUGAGUUGUGAGAAUCUAAUGAUGAAUUUAUCCUUGAUUUACACUCUUUUAUCGAUAGUCUUUUUAACAUUGUAUAACAUGUGUUUAGUUAAUAUUGUACACGCAUUUGAUUGCAUCUAUUGAAGGAAAGACGCAUAGACGGUGGAAAAUGUUGAAGCUUUAGAAUGAUCAUAUGUCAGCUCAAGAGAGAAGUUCUUUAAAGUAAAGCUGGAGUAUUUUAGAUAAACUCGAUUAUAUAUACUCGACUAUAUAUACUGUCUUAAAAAAUAAAAUAAGUGCUUGUUUGGAGCAAUUAGGUUAGUGAUGAUGUGAGCAUUUUGUAAUGAAUUGGGAACGCAACAUAUGCAGUCGUUCGUCGUUGGUAAUCACAAUUUUAAAUUGUUUUUGUACAAAUCGAGAAUGACGAUAUUUUUAUUUUGCCAUGGUAGUAUUAUAGUUAACUAGUGUUUGCUUAGCAGCUGUCUUUUAUGCAAUGUAAUGGAAUAUUUAGCUCGAUUAUCAAAUACAUGGAGUGUAUUCACUUUGAA